AGGACUGGCGCAGCGAUGCUGCAGCUGCGGGACUCGGUGGACUCAGAGGGCACGAGCCCCACGGCGGUGCUCGCGGCCGGCGAGGAGGUCGGGGCGGGCGGCGGCGGCGCUGGCCGGGCGGGAGCAGGCACGCCUCUGCGCCAGACGCUGUGGCCGCUCAGCGUCCACGAUCCCACACGCCGCGCGCGCGUCAAGGAAUAUUUCGUGUUCCGGCCCGGGACCAUCGAACAGGCGGUGGAGGAGAUCCGCAUGGUGGUCCGGCCGGUGGAGGACGGCGAGAUCCAGGGGGUGUGGCUGCUGACCGAGGUUGAUCACUGGAACAAUGAGAAGGAGCGCCUAGUGCUCAUCACAGACCAGUCGCUGCUCAUCUGUAAAUACGACUUCAUCAGUCUCCAGUGCCAGCAGGUGGUCAGAAUCACACUGAACGCGGUGGACACCAUCUCCUACGGAGAGUUCCAGUUUCCCCCUAAGUCACUAAACAAGCGAGAAGGUUUUGGGCUUCGCAUCCAGUGGGACAAGCAGAGUCGCCCUUCCUUCAUAAACAGAUGGAAUCCCUGGUCCACCAAUGUGCCCUACACCACCUUCAUCGAGCACCCAAUGGCCGACGCAGAUGAGAAGACCACGUCUCUGUGCCAGUUGGAAAACUUCAAGGCUGUGUUAAUCCAAGCCGUCAAAAAAGCCCAGAAAGAGUGUCCUUUGCCAGGAAACGCUGUGCUGAUCCUCGAGCGCCCCCUCCUCAUCGAGACCUACGUGGGCCUGAUGUCCUUCAUCAACAACGAGGCCAAACUGGGCUACUCCAUGACCAGGGGCAAGAUAGGCUUCUAGAGGUCUGCAUGGGGAGCGCCUCCCCCAAAGCCAGGGUGAUGUCAGGGCUCUGAGAGUCCACUAAGCAUGGCUGCAGGCUGGGACCUGAGAGCCAUUAGGACAGUAGAGUGAAUUAUAUAUGCUAGCUGAGGGUGGACAUCUGGUCGUACAUAGGAGCUACAGACAAAAACAAAGUGAAUCCCACUGCCUCUCUGCUGGCUGGGAUUCCAUUUCUGUAACUUCAGUUUUCCUUGAGUGCAUCCAUUUGGCUUCUUGCGGUUCUUCUCAACCCAGCCACUCUUGCAUGUUAAUGAAUGUCACUGUGAUUCCAUUAGGACACAACGUAACCCUGUCAGCUCUGUAUACAGAUAUAUACAGGGAGGUACCCAAUGUCAUCGAUGUCAGUGAUAGGGCCUGUAGUUGAAAAUGUUUACACUUAGUGUCAAAUUUUGUAUUUUGAAAUUUAAUCUUUUUUCUGUUUUUUUUAAGCUAAGUGCAAGAGAAGCCAACAGACUGUUAGUAGUCUGUGCCUUGCCAGUUUUGGAAUGGAUGGUUGCUCUUUUGUAAAUGUUUGACCUGAUGCCCCACUUUUUCUAAAAUUAAUCAAAAUGUGUUAAUAUAUCUUUCCCAGGCCCAAAAAGGUUUAUAGAAAACUCAUUUUAAGACAAGUUAUCAAUUUUUGACAGCCACCUGCAUAGCUCUACAUAUUCUAGUUUUGCACUGUCCCAUUCGUAUUCAAAGGGAACUGGCUCUUUUGCUCUUUAAAGUCUGCACUUUACAAAAGGACACCCGCCUCGGUCACUGGUUUGCAUGCAGACUCCACCUCUGUCCAGGUCUGGCUCUAAACGUGCUCACAUGGUAGGCAACCUCUGGUGGGCUCCACACAGGGCUGCAACACACCUCCUUAGGUUCUCCCUGCACCUUGCACAGCUCGCUUGAUAGGAGCACUUGCCGAUAAACUUCACAUGCUGGUGAAGCAGUGUCUUCUUUCUGGUUUCCCACCCUGCUUCUUCCAGCUGGUAGGCACAGCUGUGGCUGGUGGGCAGCAGCCUGCCCAGAGCAGAAAGCUCACUGGGUCUUAUUCUUUGCUUUGGGUCUUUUAGAAAAGAGAUUUAGAACUGUGUAGCUAUUGUUCCUUUUUUUGAAAUUAUUAUUAAAAUAGAUACAAGAACAA